AUGGCCGCCGAAUACGACCGCACGGCCGACCUCCGCGCGCUGGACGCCACCUGCUCCGGCGUCCGCGGCCUCGUCGCCUCCGGCGUCACACACCUCCCCCGCAUCUUCCGCGUGUCCGACGGCGUCCACCAACCACAACCACCGCCACCGCAAGUUCCAUCCCAAGAACUGCCGUCCUCGUCAGUGCCGUCCGUCCCGGUGAUCGACCUCAGCGGCUCCGACCACGCGGCCGUGGUCGCGGCGGUCCGCCGGGCCGCGGCAGAGUGGGGGUUCUUCCAGGUGACGGGGCACGGGGUGCCGGAGGCGGCGAUGGCCAAGGCGACGGACGCGGUGCGGGGCUUCCACGAGGCCGACGGCGGCGAGGGGAGCGACAAGGCCAGGCUCUACUCGCGCGAGCCGGCGAGGGCGGUCAAGUACCACUGCAACUUCGACCUGUACCAGUCGCCGGUGGCCAACUGGCGCGACACGCUCUACCUCCGCAUGGCCCCCGACCCGCCCGACGCCGGCGACCUGCCGGACAGCUGCCGCGAUGCUCUGUUUGAAUACGCCAAACAAGUGAAGAAUUUGGGGAGCACUCUAUUCGAGCUGCUCUCGGAGGCUCUUGGGCUCAAACCGAGCUACUUGACCGAUAUAGAGUGCAACCAAGGACAGAUCAUACUCUGCCACUACUACCCUCCGUGCCCCCAGCCCGAACUCGCCAUCGGGACAAGCCGGCAUUCAGACUCCGGCUUCCUGACCAUACUUCUCCAAGAUGAAAUCGGAGGCCUCCAGAUCCUCCAUGAGGACCGGUGGGUAGAUGUCACGCCAACACCUGGAGCAUUCAUUGUCAACAUCGGCGAUCUCCUACAGCUGAUCUCCAACGACGGGUUCAGGAGUGCGGAGCAUAGGGUGUUGGCGAAGAACGCUGCGCCGAGGGUCUCGAUCGCGUGCUUCUUCAGCACGCAUUUCCACCCUGCCUCAACGAGAAUGUACGGUCCGAUCAAGGAGCUGCUGUCCGAUGAGAACCCGCCAUUGUACAGGGAGACCCUCGUCAGAGACUACAUCAAACAUUACUAUUCCAUCGGGUUAGAUGCAAAAACUGCUAUCUCUGAUUUCCGGUUGUGA